CAGGCACCCUACGUGCUGCUCGGCAGCCGCCCGGCCCUGCCGCCUACGUGUGGCCGUGCAUGCGGGGAACGGCUCGGAUCGCCCCGGCUCCCUUCAGCCCCCCCUUCCCGGCGGUGGAGCCCCGGCAGCGGGGCAGGGCGCAUGAGCGGCCGCCCUGAGGGGGCCGGCUGAGCGUGCGCGAAAUGGCGGCCGCGGCGGCCGGCUCGGUGCACGGGCUGCAGGCGGACUGCGAGGAGCUGCUCGGAGCCUUCCAGGAGGCAGACACCGUCCGCUUCGAGCGCUUCGCCGAGCUGUGGAGGGAGCGCCGCUUCCACACCAUCUUCUAUGGUAGAAUAAGAGCUCUGGAGAGGAAUAAGCUCACAAAGAAGACGUUAGAACUGGCACAGCAGUACUUCUUGCCACCAUAUGCGUUCCAGAUUAGAGUUGGUGCUCUGUACCUUUUGUAUGGGCUCUACAAUACACAGCUCUGCCAGCCAAAACAGAAGAUCAGAAUUGCACUCAAGGAUUGGCCUGAAAUCCUGAAAUUUCAACAGGAGCUGAUAGAUUCCCAGCAUUAUGAUGUGGCAUACAUCUUCAGGACACUGCGACUUGCCAGAGCAUUCCAUUUCACAGCAAUGCCAAAGCUACUAAACUACAGAACUAAGAAGAAGAUUCAGGAAAAUGAAUUUAAAGAAGAAUUUAAGGACCCAAGUAACAGAGUUAGCAGCCUCAUCACUAAUGAUGUGUUGGAGGAGCUGAUGAAUAUCCAUGAGCACUAUCAGAAAAUGAAGUGUGUCAUAUCAGCUGACAAAUCCCAGCCAGACAAGGCCCUGAGCUUGAUAAAGGAUGAAUUUGUAGUUACUCUUAAAGACAUAACUUUGGAACAUCAGGAAUGGCAGCAAAAAAGAAUGAAAUUAUUCCUAAAUGCUAAAGAAGCUGAUGAAGUGCUAAACAAAAAGGAAGAAGGAACUUCACUAGAAUCAGAAGGUUCCGAAAGAGCAAAUGCGUUGGCUAGAAUCAAAUACAAGUCUUAUUCUGCAGUUGUUGAGGCCUCCAAAUCCAGAAGACAUCGUCAGGUAAAAUUAGAAUCCUCUGAAUCAGGAUCAGAUUAUAGGAAAUCUCCAAGCCGAAGUAAAAAAACCAGUAGGAGACCACAGCCAGCACUGAGAAGAGGUUCUUUGGAAUUCAAAGGUGAGAUGCAAGCAGAAAAGGAAACUGUUACUCAGCACAUUGGGAUGCCUGUAAUCACAGAAGAAGAUAACUCGGGUGAAGAAGAAUUCUCUCUCCCCAAGAGGAGAAGAAGACGUUAGAGGAUCCACUUGGAGAAGCACUAAUGAGAAUUUUAAUGUCAAGUUGUAAAUGUCAGACAUUGCUCAGAGUGCUUGUUUGGAUGCCUUUGGAUGUACAGUAGGAAAUGGCUGGGACCAGAACUACGGGUGACACUGGAAUAUUGGUAGUGACUGGUAUACCUUAGCAGUCUCAUGGUAUAGCACCUGGUGAGUGAUGCCUGUGGGAGAUGAAGUUGCCGUGUGCUGUUUGAGAAGGGAAGAGCGAGAAGAUGGUUGCUUCUUGUAUUUAAUUUGUACAAUGUGAGUAAUUACUCGGAACUCAUGUUGACUUGCAACACUUUUUAGCUGAGGCUGUUGGAAGAACAGCUCACAAAAUACUUUCCCAUAUGAGAGAUGUUUGGAAUCUUUUGUCUGUGAACUUAAUAAGCUUACUGACUGUUUAAAAUUAGUACAAUAAAUCAUCUUUCACAGUUUAUUUGCUA